GGCAAUAAUGCAUUUUGAAAUAACUUCUCCAUAAUUUUUCUUGAUUUGCCCAAAAAUGUUUGUUUAGAUUUGUACUUUGUAAAAAAGUGAAGGUUCAGGAUACCAAGGAGCAUGUUAUUGUGUUUGUCAUAAAGUAUUUUAGAAAUCACUUUGCUUCUGCAACAUAUGCAAAAGGAAGGAAAAGUUUCUUCCUAAUGAGAUAGAAAAUUUCUCUUGAACUAUCUACUUACAAGAUGUCUGAAGACGCACCUACCACUCCUUCAAAACGUGGCCGCAAGCCUGCAGCAGACAAAGCUGAGAAGGCUGAUAAGGUUGAUACCAAAAAACGCAAAGGAAAGGGUGAUGAUGAGGGUUCAUCUCCAGCAAAACGUGGAAGAGGUAGACCAAAAGGCACAACAAAGAAAGCCAAGAGUCCAGCUAAGCCUAAAGCGAAAGCCGCGGGCAAAGGGCGUGGACGUGGAAGGCCUUCAAAAAAGAAGGAAGAAGAAGAGAAAGAUUCAGCUGAAGAUGAUGUAGAUGAAGACGAAGCUGGAGACGAUUAAACAAUUUAACCUGUAUUUGAAUUUUUUUAAUUUUAAUCUUACACUGACUUAAUACCAAAAAUAAAUCUAAAUGGCUGUACGUUUUUGCUGUUUCAAUUAUUGUAAAUUAAGAGUCAAAUUUUGCCGUGUUUUCAAAAAUAACUUUAUAGAAAUAAUCUAAAAAUGGCCAUUUACAUUUUGUAAGAGUUUGACUUUUGGAUUGAUGUUUCAGUGUAUUGUAUAAGUCUUAAUCUAGUGAAAGUUAUCAAUGAAUUUGGUUUUACAAAUUUUUUCUGUAUUUUAACAUCUGGCAUUUGGUAGGUCACUUUGUAAGUUGUUUAGCUUUGAAAAAAAGCGAAAUUCGUGUUUGACGUAACUCAAAAACAAUUUUGUGUGAUUUUCUAAGUAUGCAAAAUAUACGUGUAGAAAUAAUA